GAAGUGGAAUGUAGCAACCAGGAAGUCCAACCCUGACUACGCGUAGGGUAAAUACGUCGGCCGCUGUGCCCGAGUGUCGUUUUCACCGAACUUUUGGCGAAGGACUAUAUCAAUUCCGUUCUUAUUUGGCAAUCUAAACGACUUAAAAAUGGGAGGUGGUGAUCUGAACUUAAAGAAGAGCUGGCACCCCCAGACUAUGAAAAACAUCGAACGCGUUUGGAAAGCUGAGCAAAAAUAUGAAUCCGAACGCAAGAAGAUUGAGGAGCUCCAGAAGGAGUUGAAGAAUGAAAGAGCCCGUGAAGAAAUUACACGAUACGCAGUGGAAACGGGUGCCAUCAAAAAGAAGGAUGAUCGUCUGGACUGGAUGUACCAGGGCGCUUGUAAUCAGGUGUCCAGAGACGAGUAUCUCAUGGGACGUCCCAUUGACAAGCAGAUCACUGAUCAAUACGAGGAGCCUGAGAGCGGUCCCUCAGCAGAGACUGGCCUUCUGCCUGGCUCCAUCUUCAGCCCUGUCACGGCUGCGUCAAGCCUCGAUAUGGCCGCCAAGAUCCGGGAAGACCCUCUCUUUCAAAUUCGGAAACGGGAGGAAGAAAAGAAGAGAGAAGUCUUGACAAAUCCUGUUAAGAUGAAGAAAAUCAAAGAAAUGCUGCGCCAGAAUCUUGACAAGAAAGAAAAAAAGAAGAGGAAGAAGGAAAAAGAGAGGAGAAAGGAGAAGAAGCACAGGAGACACUCGAGUUGUAGCUCAGAUGAGGGAGAUGAGAAAACACACAGGUCGCACUCACGGGAAGAAAUGUCCACACACACCAAAUCUUAUUCUCGUCACAUUCCAGGCUACGGCCUCCAGCUCCCUGCCGGCAAACACCACCAGUCAUCUGCUUUCAAUCACACAAGACGCAAGGAGAGGAGUCCAAGCCGAUCUCCUCCCAGAAAAAACAGGGACUCUUCUUCCUCACUCCGAAACAACAAGAAAGUGGAGGUCAGAGCUUGCAGCCCACAGAGGGAACACUACCAAAGGCAGCGGAACCACGUGUCCAAGAAACUCUCUGCAGAGGAGCUUGAGCAGAAGAGAAAGGAGAUGAUGGACCAGGCCAAGCAGAGAGACGAGGACAGGGAGAACAAUGUCAGAAGAUACAGGAAGCAAGACGAGCAAGAAAAACAGCGGGAACAAAAUUCCAAACGUGACCGCCAUGCUGGCUUUAUCCACGACAUGAAGCUGGAAAGCGCUGCCACGUCUUCUCUAGAGGACAGAGUGAAGAGGAAUAUCCACUCCAUUCAAAGGACACCAGCUUCCCUGGACAACUUCAUGAAGAGAUGAACACACACACACACACACACGUUGGGCAUACACAUUGACAGAGAGAAGUUCCAUGGUGUGUAAACAGGAAAUGAAAAGGUUCCAUGUCAGUCGCCUGUAAAAAUGACUUCACAGAAAACUAUUUCUACUGUGUAAACUUUGGAAUUAUGUUGUUUUAUUUUUGCUUUUUAUUUUUUAAACUCAAAUAGGACUCAUUUUUAUGUUUGUAUCAUAAAUGUCAUGUAUACCUGCAAAAAAAAAAACAGUCGGAAAAAAACCCUGAAACAUUUGAAACAAUCCUAGGUUGUUUGUUGUCUCAAAAUGAAAGUACUUUAAUUUGGCAUUGGCUCGACGUAGUUUCAAUUUUGAGGAUGCCAUUUCAUUUUUUGGGUGCUAAUCGGAUCUGCAGUUACUGUGGGGCCUAUUUGGCAUCAUGUGCAUAGCCCUUUAUAGAAUAUAGAUUGAGUAGUGCCCAUUCCACCAAAUCGGUGCCAUUUCCUUGUUGUUACUGUCAAAAUAAACGUACAUUUCCGUCUUUUUUCAACUCA